UAAAAUGUUUAUUUUGUACUAAAUACAGACAUGCAAAUACAGCUGAUGUUUGACUUGUUUGUAUUUUUAUUUAAAUUUUUAUAAUUGUUCUUGUUUCCAUCUAUUGUACAUGUUGUGUUGAUUCUAGAUCAAUGACAGUCUGCCAUCAUGGACACAGUGGAAUGUACACAUGCCUCAUGACAGUUGGAAAUAUCAUAGAAUGGGAGAGAUUGAAGGCAGACUAGUGGUAGGAGGUCAUGAUGGCAGUCUGCGUGUUCUCACUUAUGGACAUGAUAAGUGGGACAAGUUUGUCACAAAGAAUGGUUACAUCAGUAAUGUAGUGUGUCAUCAAGGUGUGUGUCUGUUGUGUGUGGAGGAUGAAGAUAAAGAUCAGUUUGUGAUUGAACAAUUUUAUUUGAAUGAAGACAACGAAUGGCGUUUCGUCACAGUUCUACCAAACCAACUGCAGUUGUAUGGUGUAUCUGUUGCUCUUCAUGACAACUCACUGUAUGUGGUGGGUGGUGAGACUGAGUCAGGGGAGAGAGUGAACACGGCACGUGUGUUUGACCUUCACAGCGGUCAUUGGUAUAAGAUGGAUGACAUGCAAACAAAACGUAGUGGUUGUUCUUCUGUUAUUAUAAACAACACAGUGUUUGUAGGGGGAGGAGAGACUGAUGGAGCUUGCUCUAGUAAUAUUGUUGAGUGUGCAGAUGUUCGUGAUAGAAAAUGGAGAACAAUCCCCUCUACAACCACAUAUUGGCCUACACUAACGUCAGUCAGUAACAGACUAGUGUGGACUGGAGGAAUGACACAACAGAGGUUUUAUUCUCCUUCUAAUAUUGUAGAAUUAUAUGAUGAGAGAUCUACCAAAUGGCUUUCUCUUCCACACAUGACACACAAACGGUGGGCACAUGCUGCAUUCUCAACUCAGAAUGGAGAACUCAUCACAGCUGGAGGGGAGGGUAAGGGACGUUCAAUAGAAAGUCUGAAGUGUGACUAAUAUUUCCAUUUUCUUUCAAUUUGUGUGUAUUUGUUAUAUUAUAAUCUCUAGUGAUAGUCCAAAGGCAAUUUAUUGUAACAUUUGGUGUGUGUAACAUAAACUAGAUAUUUACUGUAAAUCAUUGAUAUUUAUG